UUCCAUCGACUCUUUUUCCCACCCUCGUCACUUCCCCUCUCCUCUUGAAGCUUGCUUCGUGCAGAAGCUCUCUCUCUCGCUCUCUCUCUCUCAUUCUUAUCCUCCAUUAUCGUCCUCCUCUUCCAUCGUCUCCUCCCAUGGCGAGUCCCGAGAUUUGAUCGCUUCUCUCCGAGAACAAGAAGGUGGUUUUCGGGCUCGGAACCGAGAUCCCAUGUCGUCACCUUCGUCGUCCCGAGGGGGACCGGCACAGCCCCCGCAGAGGCGGAUUCUGCGGACGCAGACGGCGGGAAACCUGGGGGAGUCGAUCUUCGACAGCGAGAUCGUCCCCUCGUCGCUCGUCGAAAUCGCUCCCAUUCUCCGCGUGGCGAACGAGGUCGAAUCCAGUAACCCUCGCGUGGCUUAUCUAUGCCGAUUCUACGCAUUUGAGAAAGCUCAUAGAUUAGAUCCAACUUCAAGUGGGCGUGGUGUGCGUCAAUUCAAGACAGCGCUUCUCCAGCGGCUUGAGAGGGAGAAUGAUCCCACCUUGAUGGGAAGGGUCAAAAAGAGUGAUGCACGAGAAAUGCAGAGUUUCUAUCUGCAGUACUACAAAAAAUAUAUUCAAGCUCUGAAGAAUGCUGCUGACAGAGCUGAUCGUGCUCAACUUACCAAAGCAUACCAAACUGCCGCUGUUCUAUUUGAGGUCUUGAAAGCAGUCAAUCUCACACAAUCUGUUGAAGUUGAUCACGAGAUAUUGGAAGCACACAAUAAGGUUGAGGAGAAGGCAAAAGUCUGUGUGCCUUUCAACAUUUUACCUCUAGAUCCUGAUAGUGCGAAUCAGGCUAUCAUGCAGUAUCCUGAGAUUCAAGCUGCUGUUAACGCUCUUCGCAAUACGAGAGGACUUCCAUGGCCGAAGGAUUAUAAGCAGAAGGUUAAUGAGGACCUUCUUGAUUGGCUACAAGCUAUGUUUGGCUUUCAGAAGGAUAAUGUUUCUAAUCAGAGGGAACAUUUGAUUUUGUUGCUUGCGAAUGUCCACAUACGGAAGUUUCCGAAGUCUGAUCAACAACCUAAGUUGGAUGAACAUGCAUUAAAUGAUGUGAUGAAGAAGUUGUUCAAGAAUUACAAGAGGUGGUGCAAGUACUUGGGUCGAAAGAGUAGCCUUUGGUUGCCUACUAUCCAGCAGGAGGUGCAACAACGCAAAUUACUCUAUAUGGGUUUGUACCUUCUUAUAUGGGGUGAGGCUGCAAACUUGCGAUUUAUGCCAGAGUGUCUGUGCUACAUCUAUCAUCAUAUGGCAUUUGAGCUUUAUGGUAUGCUAGCUGGGAAUGUAAGUUCCUUGACUGGUGAAUAUAUUAAGCCAGCCUAUGGAGGUGAUGAGGAAGCCUUUCUAAAGAAAGUUGUUACACCAAUUUACGAGACAAUAAAAGAGGAAGCUGAAAGGAGUAAAAGAGAAAAAGCAAAGCAUUCUCAAUGGAGAAACUAUGAUGAUUUAAAUGAAUAUUUUUGGUCAGCUGAGUGCUUUCGCCUUGGUUGGCCAAUGCGAGCUGAUGCUGAUUUCUUUUGUCAGCCUUUAAAUUCAAUUUCUGAAAGAAAUGGAGAAAACAAAGCCAGAUUUUACAGAUGGACAGGAAAAGUCAAUUUUGUUGAGAUACGCUCAUUUUGGCAUAUUUUUCGAAGCUUUGAUAGAAUGUGGACCUUCCUUAUCUUAGCUUUACAGGUUAUGGUAAUUCUUUCUUGGAAUGGUGGUUCCCCAAGCGAUAUUUUUGACCCUGAUGCAUUCAAGAAGGUUUUGAGCAUUUUCAUUACCGCAGCUAUACUAAAGCUAGGACAAGCUAUUCUAGAUAUAAUACUAAGCUGGAAGGCAAGGAGGAGUAUGUCUUCUGCAGUUAAAUUGAGGUAUGCCCUGAAGGUCAUUUCAGCUGCUGUAUGGGUGGUAGUAUUACCAAUUACAUAUGCAUAUACGUGGGAGAACCCGACCGGAAUAGCAAGGACUAUCAAAAGCUGGGUAGGAAAUGGUCGAAAUCAACCGUCACUAUAUAUUGUGGCAGUGGUUAUAUACUUGUCACCCACCAUGCUUUCAGCUUUGUUGUUUCUCCUUCCAUUCUUAAGGCGAAGGCUUGAAAGUUCAGACAACAAAAUUAUAAGUCUCAUGAUGUGGUGGUCUCAGCCUCGCCUCUUUGUUGGAAGGGGAAUGCAUGAGAGCUCUUUCUCUCUUCUUAUGUACACUUUGUUCUGGUUUGUUCUCAUAUUGACAAAGUUAGCAUUUAGUUACUAUGUAGAGAUCAAGCCUCUUGUUGGUCCCACACAAGAUAUCAUGAGAAUUCCUAUCACUACUUUUCAGUGGCAUGAGUUUUUCCCUAGAGCCAAGAACAAUGUUGGUGUUGUGAUUGCCCUUUGGGCUCCAAUUAUACUUGUUUAUUUCAUGGAUGCACAAAUUUGGUAUGCUAUUUUUUCUACGUUAGUUGGUGGAAUUUAUGGUGCAUGCCGUCGUCUUGGAGAGAUCCGAACAUUAGGAAUGUUAAGAUCCCGAUUUCAGUCAUUACCUGGUGCCUUUAAUGCCCGUCUAGUUCCAGUGGAGAAGCCUGAUGAGAAACAAAAGAAGGGUUUAAAGGCUUCUUUGCCCCGCAGAUUUGCUCAGAUGCCUAAUGUUGAUAAGGAGAAGCAAGCAGCUAGAUUCGCACAGAUGUGGAACAAAAUAAUUACUAGUUUCCGAAAGGAAGAUCUUAUAAGCAACAGGGAAAUGGAAUUGCUACUCGUUCCGUAUGUGGCAGAUCGUGCUUUAGACCUUAUACAGUGGCCUCCCUUCUUGCUUGCCAGUAAGCUCCCAAUAGCACUGGAUAUGGCUAAAGAUAGCAAUUGCAAAGAUCGUGAGCUAAGAAAGAGACUUGAGGCUGAUAGUUACAUGGAUUGUGCUGUUCGUGAAUGCUAUGCUUCAUUUAAAAACAUCAUCAAGUACCUAGUUGAGGGUGAACAAGAGAAAAAGGUUAUAAAUAUCAUAUUUGAUGAAGUUGACAGUUGUAUAGAAGAUGGUAAACUUAUAAGUGAUGUGAACAUGCGAGCUCUUCCUGCUCUCUAUGACCAAUUCGUCAAGUUAAUACAAUAUUUGCUGGAUAACAGGCAAGAAGACAGGGGUCAGGUUGUCAUUCUUUUCCAAGACAUGCAUGAGGUUGUGACAAGGGAUCUAAUGGAAGAACAACUCUCUAGUCUCCUGGACUCUAGUCAUGGAGGUUCAUAUGGAAGGUAUGAGGGCAUGAAACCUUUGGAUGAACAGUAUCAGUUAUUUGCAUCAGCUGGGGCUAUCAAAUUUCCUGUGCCAGUAACAGAUGCUUGGAUAGAGAAGGUUAAAAGGCUUGAUCUACUGCUUACUGUGAAGGAAUCUGCAAUGGAUGUACCAACCAACUUAGAAGCGCGAAGGCGUAUUUCUUUCUUUAGCAAUUCUUUGUUUAUGGAUAUGCCUGAUGCACCAAAAGUUCGUAACAUGCUUUCAUUCUCUGUGCUGACACCAUACUAUAAUGAGGAUGUACUUUUCUCUUUGAAUAAUCUUGAGGAGCCAAAUGAAGAUGGAGUUUCCAUUAUUUUCUAUUUGCAGAAAAUUUAUCCAGACGAAUGGACCAACUUCCUGGAACGGGUUGGAUGUAAAUCAGAGGAUGAACUCCGGGGUAGUGAUGAACUGGAAGAGGAGCUUCGUUUGUGGGCAUCUUACAGAGGCCAAACAUUAACACGAACUGUUAGAGGUAUGAUGUACUAUCGGAAAGCUCUGGAACUUCAAGCAUUCCUGGACAUGGCCAAAGAUGAAGAUCUUAUGGAAGGUUAUAAAGCAGCUGAGUUGAUGUCGGAAGAACAUUCAAAACUGGAAAGAUCCUUGUGGACCCAAUGUCAAGCUGUAGCUGACAUGAAGUUCACCUAUGUGGUAUCUUGUCAGCAGUACGGUAUUCAUAAGCGGUCUGGUGAUCAUCAUGCCCAAGAUAUUCUGAAACUCAUGACUACGUAUCCAUCUCUCCGUGUAGCAUAUAUCGAUGAGGUUGAAGAAACUGGGAAAGAUAAGAAGAUAGAGAAGGUUUACUACUCUGCCUUAGUAAAGGCUGCUCUAUCUAACGUUGAUAAUCCUGGCGACCCAGUGCAAAAUCUUGACCAGGUUAUUUAUCGGAUAAAGCUUCCAGGCCCUGCAAUUCUGGGUGAAGGAAAGCCUGAAAAUCAAAACCAUGCCACAAUUUAUACUCGUGGAGAAGGUCUACAGACUAUUGACAUGAACCAGGAUAACUACAUGGAGGAGGCGCUUAAAAUGAGGAACUUAUUGCAAGAGUUUUUGAAGAAACACGAUGGUGUUAGAUAUCCAUCAAUACUUGGAGUUAGAGAGCAUAUAUUCACUGGCAGUGUUUCUUCUCUUGCAUGGUUUAUGUCGAACCAGGAGACUAGCUUUGUGACUAUCGGACAACGUUUACUUGCAAACCCUUUAAGGGUUCGCUUCCACUAUGGUCAUCCGGACAUAUUUGAUAGGAUUUUCCAUAUCACCAGGGGUGGAGUUUGUAAAGCAUCCAAGAUUAUUAACCUCAGUGAAGACAUAUUUGCAGGUUUCAACUCGACUCUUCGUCAAGGUAGUGUUACACAUCAUGAAUACCUGCAAGUUGGUAAGGGAAGAGAUGUUGGCCUAAACCAGAUCUCAUUAUUCGAAGCAAAGAUAGCAGAUGGAAAUGGUGAGCAAACCCUGAGUCGCGACAUAUACAGGCUUGGUCACCGUUUUGACUUCUUUAGGAUGCUGUCAUGCUACUUUACCACUGUGGGUUUUUAUUUUAGUACCCUGGUGACAGUUCUCACUGUCUAUGUUUUCCUCUAUGGGCGCCUUUAUCUUGUCCUAAGUGGACUAGAAGAAGGCCUUGCAACUGGUAGAAGGUUUAUUCAUAACCAGUCCCUUCAGGUUGCUCUGGCUUCCCAGUCCUUUGUGCAACUUGGCUUUCUGAUGGCCCUCCCAAUGAUGAUGGAAAUUGGCCUAGAAAAAGGGUUCCGCAAAGCCCUAAGUGAAUUCAUACUGAUGCAGCUACAACUAUCAUCCGUAUUCUUCACAUUUUCUCUUGGAACUAAAACCCACUACUAUGGAAGAACCCUACUUCAUGGAGGUGCUGAAUACAGACCCACGGGUCGUGGAUUCGUGGUCUUCCAUGCUAAGUUUGCAGACAACUACAGGCUUUACUCUCGAAGUCAUUUCAUAAAGGGCAUUGAACUAAUGAUUCUGCUAGUUGUCUACCAAAUCUUUGGCCAGUCAUAUAGGUCGACGAUUUCGUACAUUUUCAUCACAAUAUCUAUGUGGUUUAUGGUAGGGGCAUGGCUUUUUGCGCCUUUUCUAUUUAAUCCCUCAGGAUUCGAGUGGCAAAAGAUUGUUGAUGACUGGACUGAUUGGAACAAGUGGAUCACCAACCGUGGCGGGAUUGGUGUGCCUCCAGAAAAAAGCUGGGAGUCAUGGUGGGAGAAGGAGCAUGAACAUCUGAAGUACUCUGGAACACGCGGAAUUUUGGCUGAGAUUGUGUUAUCGCUGCGCUUCUUUAUUUACCAAUAUGGCCUUGUCUAUCACUUAAGCAUAACCAAAAAGACCAAAAGUGUCUUGGUUUAUGGUAUCUCAUGGCUUGUAAUUUUGGUGGUACUGCUGGUUAUGAAGACUGUGUCUGUCGGGAGGCGGAGAUUCAGCGCAAACUUCCAGCUAGUUUUUCGACUGAUCAAGUUUUUGAUAUUUGUAACAUUUGUUACCAUCUUGAUCACUCUAAUCGCCCUUCCUCACAUGACAGUGCAAGAUAUUCUCGUGUGCUUCCUAGCUUUCUUGCCUACUGGAUGGGGAUUGCUUCUGAUAGCUCAGGCUUGUAAGCCUCUAGUUCGACGGGCCGGGCUAUGGGAAUCGUCGGUACGCGCCCUAGCACGUGGCUACGAGAUCAUGAUGGGUUUGCUUCUCUUCACCCCCAUCGCCUUUCUAGCUUGGUUCCCAUUUGUUUCCGAGUUUCAAACUCGCAUGCUGUUUAACCAAGCCUUUAGCAGAGGCCUGCAAAUUUCUCGUAUCCUCGGUGGGCAGAAGAAAGACCGCCCAUCUCGCGCCAAGGAUUGAUCUGGUAUAUUUAUAAGGUGCAUUUCUCCUUUCAAUUCCAGGAUCGUCGGAUUUUGAACCCCCUUUUUUUAUGUAGUACAAUUGUAUAUCUCUUGUAAUUAUAAGAAUGGACUAAAGCUGUUACAAUUCGGACUAAUAUUAUUUCUUCAGGAAAGUUACAUAUGAAAGUAUGUAAAGUAUCUUUUCCGUCA